CGGAGUCAUACGCAGCAGGAAUGCUCUGGGCCAUGGGGCAGAGAAGGCUUUGCACGAUGAUGUGUCUCGCCGUGGCCUGUUGGCAACUUGGUAGUGCUGCAGAUUAUUGAUUGGAUGGCGCUGCCCCCCAGACGCUGCUGCUCUGGGGCAUCCCAAUGCAGCAAAAUGGAGAAUGCCUACUUACCUACUUCCUUAUGCACCCUCUUGCGCGUUGUUCAUUCAUAGGCAGGGGCCCAAUAAUACAGAAACUUCUGAUGGUCGUUCCCACCUGCACGUCGCCGUUGUCGAUUGGCCGCGAGGUCGAAACGGUGAGGCUUGGGGGGAAGGUCUCGGAAGCCCUUCGAUUUUUUUCUUAUUUUCCUGUUUCUUUGUCUUGCCAGGAUGGAUCAACCAUGUCCUGCCGCCCUAUGAGGCUGAUAGAGACGGCCCGGCUACUUCGUUCGGAUCCGGGGAGUCGUGAAAGAAGGGAAAGAAAGGGGUUGAUUGUUUCGAUUGUUCACACCCACAGCUGGCCCAGUGGCUCAGGUCAAAGACAGUCGGGUGUAUUCCACCACAGGAUCAGCCGAGACUGGGGGGAAGGGAGGGGAGAGAACUACUGUGUCCGGACGACACUGUACACAGGAGAGGAGGUAUUGUAUGGAGUACAAAAGCAAAACAGCACAGGGCGAAGGUGAUUGGUCGGGCGGUUGAUUGAUUGCUUCCCUUCGAUGGCCCUUCUAGACGUCGACGAUACAGGGCACAAUACUGUUGUUGUCCGGAGCAAUAGCAUGAAUUGUUCUAGAGCGUACCUACGUACCUAGCGUCGGAAGGAGCUAGAAGAGGGAGGUUGGAAGAGUCUCUCUGGUUCGAGUCGUCGAUUCGUGUGUGCAGAUCCUUGUCUGUGGCAGCAGGCGUUUCGCGUAUCGCGUACUGAGCGUCAGAUGGCAGGAAUCGCGGGCAUCGAGGAAUUGAAUGGACACGGGAGCAGAAUAUAAGAGAGGGACACGGUCAAGAAGAGCACACAGAGAGCAUUAAGAGAAGAAAGCAG